AUGUCAGCAAUUUCAGCCUAAAACAGCCCCUUGCCAGCCCAAACUAUGUCUUCUAGCUCAAGACAUCAGAAACGACACAUGAAAAUCAAGAUUCCACGCAAUUAAGCAAAGGUAGUGUCCGACGAGGAGAUGCAGGCAUUAUAAGUCGAAGCUGCAUCCAAACUGUUCUACAGCCAGAUUGUGCACAACAUGCAAACUUAGUAACAGAUUUCAACAGAGUCAAGAAGAGUCCCCCACAAAGGCAACCAUACUUGCUUGAAUGUUUUUGAAGGCGAACUCAUCUACAGCGAUAUUCAAGUGUAUAAGUUCAUCUCCUUAUUUAUGACAUGCUUUGAGGUCGGAAUUGAGGUAGUAGUAGCCUCUCUCAUCUACAUCGAUAGACUUUUAACCUAAAACUAGGACCUGUUCAUUACGGAUAGCAAGGCAAAGUCUAUUCUGCAUACCGCAAUGACGCUUGCUUCAAAAUUUUACUUGGACAGGUAUGAAAAGAACACCAUAUUUUACGCCGUUGGUGGUCUUUCAAAAAAGUAAAUGAGAAAUAUGCAAGAUCUAUAUCUCGACCUGGUUUCUUUCAACCUCUACAUUUCUGAGGAAGAAUACACCUCAUACCUCAGCAAACUUAAGUCUAUGAUAGCUUUCAAGUUUUACUAGACUGGCUAGAUCGUUGUACUAGAGAAAAAUCUAAGAAAAAGAGUUUCAGGAGUUAACACUCAUAACGAUAAGAUUUAAAACGAAGGUUCGACCGAAAAAUCUAAUAACCUAGUUGUUCCAGCACAUUCUUUCAAAAAGCAGAUGACUACUUCAUCUCUCUUUGGCAACAGAUCCGACUCAUCCUCCAAUCUAAGUGCAAAGUCAACUAACCCUAGCAGUGUUGAUGGAGACAAUAAAUCUGAUAAUGAAGCAAUUCCAGUCCUUUCCACUUUGGCAAUCUCUUCAUAAAAGAACUCUAAAUCGUUCAAAACUCAAAGGACUACAACUUUGUAAGAAUUUCAAAAGGCUUCAGACCUCUCUAAACCACAAGAGAAGCCUAAGAGCUAGCUCAAGGCAAGACUAACUCAAAAGAAGAAGAGGUCAGAUCAUAAUGACAGAACCCUGACUAAGAAUAGAAGUCAGUGCAAACAACCACACAUAUUUGUAAAUUAAAAUCAACUAGACUUUGUAAGACUUGUAAUUAUUGAAGUGUUCCUCUAUGGGCCUUAAAACAACACCCUUUAGACCCAGCACAUGCACCUUAAAUAACCCGUCGAAUCCUAUUCAAAGUUGAGCAAUAAAUAGCAGCAGAUAAUGCAGAAGAGCAAGAAGCAUGAUUGA